GAAUGAUUUUGGAGGCAUAUCAUCUCCCCAUGAUGCAGAGUUGGCCAGACCUGUACGGAAGCAAAGUUCUCAGAAAAGAGUUUCUAUUUUUACAUCCCUGGAUGACACUAUUGGGAACAUGACACCCAGAGGACAGUUGAUUUCCCGAACUCCUAACUCAUUGCUUCGCCAGCCAGUUACUGCACUAAAUCGAAGCUCCAUGAAGCCAUCAGAUAUAUCUGCCAUCCUGGGAACAGGAGGGAGAUCUCCUCUGAUUCUACCAACUCCUGGACUUCUCGGCAAUCUCUCAAUGUUGGAUGAAAGUAACUGGACAAUGGCACUCUCACCUCAGCAGACAGGAAUGUUUGUAAACCUAGACAUGUCCAAUAUGACAGAAGAUGUCACUAUGAGCGCUGUACUGUUGCGUGAGGAUGAUCCUGGGGAAGCUGCUACCAUGAGCAUGUACUCAGAUUUUCUGCAUUCCUUCCUGAAGCAUACAUCAACUACCAUUUUUGAUCUUGUGGAUGAGUAUGAGAGUAUUUGUAACAGUCAGGUGAAUAUACUAGGGAAAAUAGUUUAUCGAGCAACUCCUGGACAGCAAAAGUUUUCAAAAACUGCCAGUGUCUUGUGGCUUCUCAAGCAGGAGAUGGUGACUUGGAGACUGUUGUCCUCGCUUUACAGAGACAGAAUACAGUCUGCACUGGAAGAUGAAACUGCAUUUGAUAUCGCAGUUUUAACUGCUAGUGAAAAGACGAAUGUAGACAACUUGUUUCAGAAAGACUCACUUGUUCGACAAAGCCAGCUGGUGGUAGAUUGGCUAGAGAGCAUUGCCAAGGAUGAAAUUGGGGACUUCUCCGAUAAUAUUGAGUUUUACGCAAAAUCUGUAUAUUGGGAGAACACACUACAUAGCCUGAAGCAGCGACAGUUGAGUACAUACCUCGGAAGUUCACGAGCUCUGGUAACAGAGUUGGAUCCAGAUGCUCCUAUAAGACAGAAACUGCCACUUGAUGAUUUGGAUCGAGAAGAUGAUGAGAAGCUAGUGGUUUUCCUACCUUGAAGUCUGUUGCUGAGAAAAUCCAUUAUUUUUCAGGCACAGCGCUUAUGCAAACGAUGUGGUCAGGCCUGGAGAGCUGCAACUUUGGAAGGAUGGAAAUUGUAUCAUGAUCCUAACAGAAAUGGAGGAAAAGAGCUGGAGCCUGUACAAGGGAAUCCAUACAGGUGCGUUUGGAAAAUAAGUUGUUGGCGUAUGGCUGAAGAGGAGCAGUUUAAUAGAUAUGAGAGAGCAAUCUAUGCAGCACUGAGUGGAAACCUCAAACAGAUUCUUCCGGUUUGUGAUACCUGGGAGGAUACUGUUUGGGCAUAUUUCAGGGUCAUGGUGGACACUCUUGUUGAGCAGGAAAUACGAACCUCAGUAGUAACUGCAGAGGAGAUGGAAGAGCUCCCAAGAGAUUAUUUAGAAACAAACUGGACUUCGGAAAAAGUUUUUGAAGAACUUCAGGCAACAGACAAAAAGAGAGUUAUAGAGGAGAAUCAAGAACACUAUCAUGUGAUUCAGAAAUUCAUUAUACUGGGAGAUGUGGAUGGUUUGAUGGAAGAAUUCAGCAGAUGGCUUUCCAAAGACAGAAGCGUGCUCCCGGGACACCUCCUUCGUUUCAUGACACAUCUUAUUCUGUUCUUCCGCACUUUGGGACUGCAGACUAACGGGGAAGUUUCUGUUGAAGUCCUGAAGACCUACAUUCAGCGGAUGAUAUCUGAGAAGCACAUAGAUUUAAUAGCAUUUUACGUUAGCCACUUGCCCCCAGAGCUAGCUGUUGUUCAGUAUGCUUUAUUUCUCGAAGAUGUCACUGAAAGUGAUCAACGCCACCACUGCCUUGAAUUAGCAAAAGAUGCAGGUCUGGAUGUUGCAACCAUAACAAAAACUGUUGUUGAAAACAUCCGCAAGAAGGAUGCUGGUGAAUUCAGUCACCAUGACCACGUGUUGGAUACAGGCACAACGGAGGCGGAUCGGCUGAAAAUAGAUGUAAUCGACUGGCUCGUAUUUGAUCCUGCACAGAGGGCCGAAGCGCUUAAGCAAAGCAAUGCAAUCAUGAGGAAGUUCUUGGCAUCCAAGAAACAUGAAGCUGCAAAAGAUGUGUUUGUGAAGAUUCCCCAAGACUCUAUAGCAGAAAUAUAUAACCAAUGGGAAGAACAGGGAAUGGAUACUCCACUUCCAGCUGAAGAUGACAAUGCUAUACGGGAACAUUUAUGUAUUCGGGCAUAUUUGGAAGCCCACGACACCUUUAAUGAAUGGUUUAAACACAUGAACUCGGCUCCACAGAAGCCUUCUUUGUUGCCACAAGCAAGUUUCACUGAGAAGGUGGCCCAUGAACAUAAAGAAAAGAAGUAUGAGAUGGACUAUGGUAUUUGGAAGGGCCUCUUGGAUGCUCUUACAGCUGACGUGAAAGAGAAAAUGUACAAUGUGUUGCUGUUUGUCGAUGGAGGAUGGAUGGUUGACGUCAGAGAGGAUGCCGAGGAUGACCCUGAACGAACACACCAGAUGAUUUUGCUGCGAAAGCUUUGUCUGCCAAUGAUGUGCUUUUUACUGCACACGGUGCUACAUAGCACUGGACAGUAUCAGGAGUGCCUACGACUGGCUGACAUGGUUGCUUCUGAGCGACACAAGCUUUAUACGGUAUUUUCAAAAGAAGAACUCCGAAAGCUUUUACAGAAGCUGAGGGAAUCUUCUCUGAUGCUUCUGGACCAGGAUCUUGAUCCUUUGGGAUAUGAAAUUCAGUCAUAGGAUUUCAUGUUGAUACUUGGAAGAACUUCUGAACAUGGA